AUGCUACCGCACUCAUUCUUAUCCAUAUGUUUUCAGCAGCGCGGAAAAACAUCUAAACUCGGCGUUUUCUUUACCACCCACCCAUGGCCACUCCCUGCACACACGCAUCCACAUUUUCUGCCUUUACGGCGCUAUGCGUGGCAACGCGUUGCUCUGUUGACCACCCAACCAACGCGUUAUCUUACACCACUUUCACACACACAAAACCACCUAUCUUGGAGCGAUAAACACAUGCAUGGAUUUUACAUAGUUGGAACUUGGCUUUUUACACCAUCCCGGCAACUCCGCCAAGGAAUGAACUUUCAAGUCCGCGAACUCACAAUCAGAAACGAACGUUCGUUUACUUACCCCGAGAAGAAUAAAGACAAGACAAAGGAAGUAAUAUUCAGGGAGAUUAACGAGGCGCCUCGCGAUGCAUGUUAUCUUAUGUCGACCCCGUCUUAG